ACCAAAUCCAAAUCUACCUAUUGGCUCGAUCUCAAACGUACAAAAAUUCUCAAAAAAAGAUUCAACGAAAAAUCAAAACCAAAAACCUUCGCCCAAACGCGAAAAACCUUCAUCUUCGACCUCUCGAUCUCAACUUUAGUUCCGAGCAAUUCUGCAAGAACCUCUCUUCCUGUUCUUUGAUUCUUCUCCCACCCUCCAAUUCUACCCUCAAUUUCAAAUUUUACAGCACUGCGGACACUCCAGUGCCCUAAAACCUCUCCUUUCUUGGCCCCAAUGCAAGGUUCAGGAUCUUCGGAUCUUUCAAGGUGAGGAAGAAGACGGAUAAAUAUGAUAGUUCGAACCUACGGCCGUCGGAAUCGAGGCAUUUCCAGAAGUUACUCCGACUCCGCUUUCGAUAACGACGUCGAGCCCGGUUUUGAAGACCCUUUGUCCCAAGAAUUAGAAAGCCCUCAAGAGAUAUACAGUUUGGCGUUCUCGUCCCAGGAUUCGUCGCGCUGGUCUUUGGAUUCGGAGCCGUGCGGUUCGUCAGAGGGGUCGUUGUUGCCGCUCGGCGAUUUGGCGCCUGGUGGCCCUCGGAAAGCGAAAAAGGCGAGGAUUGGGAGAAGGGAAGGGGUGGGCGGCGGCAAUAGUUGUAGGCCCCCGCCGUUUAGGGUGGAACGGACGGAGUCGAUAGCAGCGACAGCGACGUUGAUGGAGACUCAAGAAUUUGGCGAGAUGAUGGAGCACGUUGACGAGGUGAAUUUUGCUUUGGACGGGCUCAGGAAGAAUCGGCAGGUGCGGAUCAGGCGUGCUAGUCUUUUGUCUUUGUUGUCAAUUGCUGCUACGGCACAGCAGCGCCGCCUGCUCAGGACUCAGGGGAUGGCAAAGACAAUUAUUGAUGCUAUUUUGGGGCUAAACUUGGAUGACUUGCCUUGCAAUCUGGCUGCGGCAGCACUUUUCUAUGUAUUGACCAGUGAUGGUCAAGAUGAUAAUCUUUUGGAGUCACCCAGCUGCAUCCAUUUUCUACUUAAAUUGUUGAAACCCAUCGUAUCUGAUUCUUCAAAAGACAAAGCACCCAGCAUUGGCUGUAAGCUUCUGGCAUUACGGAAGGAUGCUGAUGCCUUACAAGAUACAAGCAAGGGUUUGGAUUCCAGCUCUGACACAAUAGCUCUUAAAGUUCAGGAAAUUCUUGUAAGUUGCAAGGAAUUGAAGUCAACUGAUGGGAGUGGUAAUGGGGUGGGCCGGCCUGAGCUGAGCCCAAAAUGGAUAGCUUUGUUAACAAUGGAGAAAGCAUCCUUGUCUACCAUUUCUCUGGAAGAUGCAUCUGGUACCAUAAGGAAGAGUGGGAGCAACUUCAAGGAAAAAUUGCGAGAGCUUGGAGGACUUGAUGCCAUCUUUGACAUUGUUCUGAAUUGUCAUUCUGCUAUGGAGGGAUGGUUAAGACCUCAUUCACCUUUAUGUCAGGAUAUAAAGCAAGAUGCAGAUACACAGAGUCUAGUGUUGCUUUUAAAAUGUUUGAAAAUCAUGGAAAAUGCCACUUUCCUUAGUAAGGAUAAUCAGAGUCAUUUGCUUGAAAUGAAAAGGAACUUGGACGGUCACAGAUUCCCUGUAUCCUUCAUACAACUCAUUAUUAGUGUCAUCAAGAUACUUUCUGGUCUGUCUUUGAAUAGAUGUUCUGUCAUUUCCACUCAUGAAAAAUCUCAUGCUCCUUCAAACGGGACUGGGCCAACCGGCAGUACUUUUGACAAGGCUUUAAUGGCUGAUUGUAGAGAGAACAGCAGUGAGAAUUUUGCUAAGUGCUUUAGCUUGGAGAAGACGUCUGCUGAAAAGAGCUUCAAUAUAUGUCAGAACAGCAAUUGGUUAUCCACUGUCCGGUCCGCAAAUUCUGCAUCUAGUUCUGAGGCAACUACCACAUCUGCCGAUACUAGUUUGUUGAAGAUGAGACUCAAUUCUUCUACAUCUGGCUCGUGCAGUGUGGCAUCAAGGAGUUCAAACAGUGAAAGAUGGGUUAAAAAUAGUGGGUCAAGGAAGAACAUGGUUCUUGGUAAAAGACCCAUUUUUUCUGAAGAAACUAAAACUGUCCCUUCAGAGGACGCUCAAGAUCCUUUUGCAUUUGAUGAAGAUGAUUUUGAACCUUCUAAGUGGGACUUACUAUCUGGCAACAAAAAGAAAGCAUCCCAAAUGCAGGAAAACAGAGUAACAUGCAGAGAACUUGAAGAUGGAUUCCAAUCUCAGCUGAUGAUGAGCCAGCAAGAUUCGAAUAAUGGAGAAAAUCAUCAUUCUCAUGGAAUCUCUUGUUCAGAUUUUGUUAAGGAAGAAAAUUUGAACCUUCUUGCUGAAUGCCUUCUUACUGCUGUCAAGGUUCUUAUGAACUUAACAAAUGAUAACCCUGUUGGCUGUCAACAAAUUGCUGGUUGUGGGGGAUUGGAGACCAUGUCUUUGUUGAUCGCUUGCCACUUCCCUUCAUUCAGCUCAUCUUUGCCAUCCUUCACUGAGACACUAGAAAAUAAUUUGUCCCAGUCGAGCAUUGAACUUGAUGAUCAGAGUGACACACAUUUCACUGACCAACAGUUGGAUUUUCUUGUUGCUAUUUUGGGUCUACUUGUGAAUUUGGUUGAGAAGGACAGUUGUAACAGAUCACGGCUGGCAGAAGCGAGUGUGUUACUACCCAAUACAGAAGGGUUUAACAAAGAAAUUCGUAGGGAUGUAAUUCCACUGUUGUGCUCCAUAUUUUUGGCUAAUCGAGGAGCGGGUGAGGCAGCUGGAGAAGGAAACCCUUUGCCUUGGGACGAUGAGGCAGCUGUGUUGCAAGGAGAGAGAGAAGCUGAGAAGAUGAUUAUAGAGGCUUAUUCUGCGCUGCUUCUUGCUUUUCUUUCCACUGAAAGUAAGAGCACGCGUAAUGUCAUCUCCAACUGUCUCCCAGAGCACAACAUUGCGAUUCUUGUGCCUGUUCUUGAGAGAUUCGUGGCAUUUCAUUUGACAUUGAAUAUGAUAUCACCGGAGACCCAUAUAGCAGUGAGCGAAGUAAUCGAGUCGUGUAGGGUGCCAUGAGAGGUGUAGGAGCAGAGCAGGGCAGAGCAUGGAUGUUCUGUACAGCCUCAACAUCCUUUGUUCAAAGCAUCCCUUUGUUGUUACACGAUGUCUCAUUUGGAAUGAAUGUGUUGGCUUGCUCAGCUCAUUGUACCAAUUCACAUCAGGCAUGUGUUGUAGUUGAUCCAUGUGUUUCUCUCUCUGUAACCUUUACCUUCAUUUUUUGGGGGGCUUGUCAUAUUAUUUUUCUUUUGAAGCUUUUUUCACCAUUACACCAUUCGAUGCAAGUCGCGACACUUGUAUACAAAAUUAAUAGGAGAAUCCAAUAGUUUUU